AUGAGUUUGUUUAUAUUGGACGACAUGAUUGUCGACGAAUCAAGUGAAUCCCAUGAAAAUAAACGAGUGAAAAUCACUACUGCUUGUGAUACUUGUCGUAGGAGAAAAGUUAAAUGCGACGGGGCUUCUCCGUGUGCUAAUUGUUCAAGAGGAGGAUAUCAAUGCACCUUCUCUGAUGCUUCAACAAAAAGACCGAGAGGACCUCCUAAAGGAUUCGUGGCGUUAAUAGAGGAUAGACUUCACACGAUAGAAUCUCUUUUGGUUAACCUUGUUAAUAAGGACAAUAUUAAUGAAAAUAAUAAGGAAAUAAAACGAGAAAGAGAGCAAAUCAUUGAUGAAACCACGACGACGACGACAAAUACUCGACAAAGAUUUUCAACUUUUAAAAUUCGUCAUUAUUCACCAACGACACCUACAAAUUCUCAACCUCAUCAUUUAUUCAUACCAUCAACUCCACCAGUUGAUUCAAAUGGAUUUUCAGAACAUUCACAUAAUUUAAUUCCAUCAUUUAAUGAAGAACUUCAUAGUGAUGAUGAAGAAUGUCUUCAACAAAAUUUAAUUUCUCCAUGUGAAUCAGAUCGUUUACAAAGUAGAACUUUGUCAUUUCUUCAUAAUUUGGAAGGAUCUGAUAUAUAUGUUGAUCCACCAUUACCAUCCAUACCAAAUUUAAAACCAUUACAAACAGAUAUUGAACAACAAUUAUUAGAAAAAUAUUUUAAUCAUUUUCAUCCAUAUUUUCCUAUAAUUAAUCGAAGUCAAUUUUUUAAGCAUUUGGCAAAUCCAAACGAAGAAGAUCAACCUUCACCAUUACUUCUUAAUUCAAUUUAUGCUUUAGGUGCAUUAUUUCCACCAAAUCUAUCUGAUUCUUCUAGUCCAUCUAUUUAUUAUGAUAGAACAAGAAUUCAAGCUUUAAUUCUCUUAAGUAUGAUAGAUCAAGGAAAACCUUCAUCAUAUAGAUCACAAACUUAUUCUUCAAUGGCUAUUAGAAUGGCACAGAGUAUGGGAUUAAAUCGUAGAAAUAGUGAUGUUUAUCAAGGAAAAAGUCGUCAAACAAAGAAAUUAGUUUGGUGGGGAUGUUUUAUUUCGGAUCGACUAAAUAGUCUUUCGACAGGAGAUCCUUUAACUAUAAAUGAUAAAAUUUCAGCUAAAGUUCAUAUGAUCAAUAUUGCUUCUAAUCAACGUGGAUUAGCAAUUCCAGCAUAUGAAAAUAUUUUAAAGACCAUUAAAAUAUGUAGGUUUUAUGAAGAAAAUAAUGUUUUGCCAGAAUUAGCAAGCCAAACAAUUAAAGCUUUAGAAAAGGUUUUAAUGAAUUAUCAAGAUAAAUUUUCUCAAGAAAAUUUAAUUUCACCCACUGCAACAAUUUCACCUACAUUUGUUACAUAUUCAUCACCAAUAUCUUCUUCUCAAUCUGGAAUAUUAAAUGUAAAGAGAACAACUCCUCCUCCAACAUCAAAUAUAACAUCCAAUAUGACUUCAAAUAUUCAACCACAAACUUCUUCCUCUUCUCCACCACAAAAUUUUUCAUAUGUAAAUAUUAGUCCAUUUGAUCAAUUUGCCACAAUGCAAAUUCAAUCACCAACAAUUAUGUCAGCUGCAGUAAAUAAUGAAAUGCCAUCUACAGAUUCACCAUUUUGGAUUGGAAUGAAUAUACAUCAAGGUCUUGUUGGAGGAUUUAAUAAUAGUCCAUAUGGUAAUCAAAUGACAGUCACCAGUCCAGUGUCAGCUACUUCAACGCCAUCAUUACCAUCUAGUACUAAUUCUUUUAAACCUAUUGCUCCUACGAGAUCAAAUCAAAUGUCACUUGAUUCAACCGAUCAUGAUAACGAUCCCGUGAUGACGGAAUUGAGGAAUGUAGGAUUACAAAAUGUCCAUAAUUCUCAAAGGUAUGUAUUUAUGGAUACGAAUGAAGAUCAUAACGAACUUACCACUACGGCUACUACCACAUUGAAUUGUAACGUAACAUCUGGUAUAAAAUUCAAUAAUCAUCUUGAAAUUACUUCUGUCGGUCUCGGUUGUUGCGUAGAUGAUGAUUACGACCAACAAUAUGAUGGAGGGCAAAUGGAAGGAUAUAUUGGUCGAUAA